ACCAGUAAAGGGCAGUUCCGGUGAGACAACAACAACAACCACAGCACGCCAUCGAGAAGUGCAGGGAUCUCAUUCAUCCAGAAAAAUGGCUCAAGCUCGUGUUACUGAUUAUUUUGCACAGAGUAAGAAAUCUGGCGUUUCUCGAUCCUUACGGUCCAAGGGCCAAAAGGUGUCCGGAGAUGUAGAAGAUUCAGCGGUGAUCAGUAAACCGAGGGGUUCGAGUAGAACGUCACGCUCUUCACGUAAAGCGACGCACAGUGAGAUAAUCACAGGGGAGCCACAGAAACAAACUCAGCAGGAGUUUCUCAAAGUCAUCGACGAGGUUUUAUCGACGGAAACUGCAGAAACCGUCGCAGAUGUGAAGAUUGAGGGCUUAACGGCGAGUCCCAGGACCCCUAAGCGGAGCUCACCGGAGUUUGACGUGUGUUCGGUGUUGUUUCCGUCCACAGCCGAGCUGCACAGCAGCGCCAAGAAGCGGCAGAGGCUCAACGCGGGCCACAACUGCAGAAGCUCACCGGAGGAGCGCGCAGGACAGAAGACUGCGAGGAAAAAACUCAAUCUUCUGACAAGGGACGACAAAGAAGAGAGCAUUGAGCCCUUGGCCGGCGGCAGCCCUCAGGCACCUCAACAAACUGCUUGCAAAGAGUCUAAAAACACUGUUAAUCAUAAUGCAAAUGCCUCUCCUGUUAACAAACCCAGUGGAGAUGAAAAUCCCAAGAGGGCGACCAGGAGCAAGAAAACUUUUUCAAGAGAGGAUGUGGCGGCGUUGAAGUCCAAGCUGCAGAAACUGAAGGGACAGUCUGAAAAUGUGUCGACGCCUUCACCUGCUCCUGUGUCUACGCUGACAGAGCUGAAAGCGAGGCUUGACGCUGCUCGCGAAAUCUCAGCCAAAGUUCAGCAAAGAAAGGCUGAGCGAGUCACUGUGGAAGCUAAAGCUGCUGAGACACAGCCUGCAACUGAACCACAGGAAAGAGAGAAGCUUCCGGCUUAUCAGCGUUACCACACUUUAGCUCAGGAUGUGCCGCCUGGUCUUACUCUGCCCUACCAAUACAAGCUUCUGGCUGAGAUGUUCCGCAGCCUGGAGACCAUUGUCGCAAUGCUGUUCAACCGCUCCGAGACUGUCACUUUCGCCAAGAUUAAACAAGGGGUCCAAGAUAUGAUGCGGAAACGUUUUGAAGAGAGCCAUCUGGGCCAGAUAAAGACUGUUUAUCCAUCUGCCUAUACUUUUCGCCAGGAGAAAAACAUUAUCUCUUUCAGUGCCACAGCAAAGAGAUCCAGCUACCAGCUCACAGCUGAGCCAGUCAUUGAUGAAGAAUUCAACGGUGUUCGUCCAGUGUUGUCAGCUUCUCGUCUUCUAGAAAGAAGACACGUUUUUCACCAAAACCUAGUUGAAAUUGUGAAGGGACACCACAAGGCGUUCCUUGCUUCUCUGAAUCCUCCUAUUGUUGUCCCUGAUGAAAAACUGACCCGCUGGCAUCCCAGAUUCAAUGUGGACGAGGUUCCCAACGUCAAGCCAAGUGAUUUGCCUCAACCUCCUCAAACCGAGAAACUGACCUCGGCACAGGAAGUGCUGGACAAGGCUCGUGCUCUCAUGACACCCAAGAUGGAGAAAGCGCUGGCUAACAUGGCCUUAAAAACAGCAGAGACUGCAUGUGUUAAGGAGCCUGAGACCAUGGCCAAAUCAGCUGCUACCCCAACAGAGACUCCUGGUGCCCUCAAAGGAGUUUCUCAGUCUCUGCUGGAAAGGAUUCGAGCUAAAGAGGCUCAGAAGCUGCACGCUGCUAUGACCCGAAACCCUCUGCAGGAGGAGCGUCUUUUGAUGAUGUCACGGCUGCCAGAAUUAGCCAGAAUCCUGAGAAACGUGUUUGUGGCAGAGAAGAAGCCGGCCCUCAUCAUGGAGCUUGCCUGCAACCGGAUGAUCGCCAGCUACCGAUCUCCACUCACUUCGGAUGAAAUGGAGAAACAUCUUCGUCUGCUAGCUGAGCUGACGCCCGCAUGGCUAACACUACAUCCAAUCAGGAAGGACAUGUACCUCAAACUGAACAAGACCACGGACCUGAACAUUGUUCUGGACAAACUCAACCAGAGGAUGAAGGAAGAGGAGCGAAUUUGAGGACAUUUUCAAUGAAGACAAU